ACUUCAACAUUGCGUCACACGACCAUCAACACUUGAACCUCAAUUCAACAACUCACCAUGAUGUCGAGGAGUCGAGAAGCAAGAAGCAUUGUCGCUUCGCUGCGCAGACCAAAUGUACUGCGACCAGUCAGCCCUGCAUUGGCUCGUCUCAAUGCCAGCAGCUUCCAUACAACAACCCCGAGAAGAACAGAUGGCGUAUUUCAGGGCCUCGAGGAUAAGAGGCAACCGAUGCCAUGGAUAGAGGCGUUCGAGCGUCAGCAAAAGGGUCUGCCGGCUCACAAAUCUGAUGACUACCCAAAAGAACGCGACCUUACUCCCAAGAAAAUGAGCGAUAGCUACCAUCGCGUUGUGCUUCCUCUCAAGAAAGACCCUUGGCUGUCAGACACUUAUGUCAACUCAUCCGGUCACAUAAGACUCGGAACAUUAUUCAUGGACCUGGAUGCCCUCUCUGGAAUCAUCGUUUACAAACAUACCGGCCCCGGCGUUACAACAGUGACCGCCGCUCUGGACCGUAUCACAAUAGCGCAUCCACUUACCGAGAUUUGCGAUCUCGAGUAUAGUGGCCAAGUCACAUAUGCUUCCGGUAGAAGUAGUGUCGAGAUCACCUGUAAAGUCGCCAAGGCCAGAGAAGAAGGCGAACCAAGCAAACCGGAGGAUGUCCUUCUCACGUGCACUUUCACCAUGGUCGCCCUAGAUCCCAACACAAGAAAGCCCGUCAACAUCCCCAAGCUUGUACCUACCAAUGAGGAGGAAGAGAAGAUCUUUAAGGCUGGAGAGGCGAAAUCGUUGUCCAAGAAAGAGAAUUCUAAGGCCUCGCUUCUUCAGACUGAACCUAACGAUGCCGAAUCUGCUCUGAUUCAUCAAAUUUGGCUUCGGCAGCUUGCAUACCACGAUCCCAACAACGAUCUUCGUCAACCAUCCAACGUUGUCGCUAUGUCAAAGACUCAACUAUCAACGGCUGCGAUUAUGCAACCUCAGUACCGAAAUCGUCACCAGACCAUGAUCUUUGGUGGUUUCCAUUUGAAACAGACAUUUGAGCUAGCUUUCUGCUGUGCGGCGAGUUUUGCUCAUGCUCGACCGACCUUCAUCAGCGCUGAUCCCUGCACGUUCCGAAACCCCGUUCCUGUCGGCAGUGUUUUGUACCUGACCGCUACUGUCGCAUACACCGAUCCUCCUCUGUUAGAGGAAGACGGCACUGAGCCUGGCUUCCCAGAUCCGGAGAAGCCCAUGACCCGAGUGCAUGUCCGAGUUGACAGCAAGGUUCGUGACGUUGAGCAUGGUGUUGCAAAACCAACUGGCCAGUUUAACUAUACCUUCUCCGUGCCCAAAGAUCUCAAGGUCUUGCCGCAUACGUAUGAGGAGUACAUGGUGUAUAUCGAUGCUAGGAGACGUGUUUCGCUGGGCGACAGUCAGCGAAAGGAAGAGUCCAAGGCCUUUUCCGAGAAGAGACCUGAGGCCUCGGAUAAUGUCAACCUGAUUGGAUAACGAAGAGUGGUGUUUAUGAGCUGCCAAUGACCAGGCGUAGACAGUCUCGAAAGCCUCAACUUAUCUAAAGGAGAGGAAGCCUGGCGACACGUAAGCUUCACAUCGGAGGGAAUUCAAGGACUAUGUCCGAGUCCUAAUACCGAUUGGAUAGCUUUUAGUAUAGUAAUAAGCCAAAAAUGGAUAGCUUAACUUACCUCUCACUUGCGAAUGCGAUAAGACCGUUAACUCCGGGCUGAGGAUAUUACCUUUGAUCAAUUUUUAGAAUUGGGUAUUGCUUCUUUACACCUACCAUACUGAGAAUAUCUGACGUCGCGAACAGACGUAGAACUAAUAAUAUGACGCUCUUAAAGGAGGAACGACUGCAACUUGCAACCAUCGAUCCGGAGCUGGCCGAAGUAAUUCUCCAGCGCCAACAAGAUUGACUUUGAACUGACCAGUUGCAGUACCUCAAAACGA